UAAAUGUAACAAUACAAAUAAAAAUGGUUCGUGGACAAAUUAAAACAAUUGUAAGAAUGCUGACUGAACAGUUGAAAUGAGCGAACAUACUAACACAAUAAAACCCCGGAACAAUAUUGGUUGGAUAUCCGCCGGCACACGUUUCUCAGUGGGGUGCUUUAGUUGUGGCGAAGUGGUUUAUUAGUCGGGAGACGAUUUUCUGAAUGAAAUUUCAAGUUUGAGGAAAGUUGACCAGGAAAAUGUUAAAGACGAAAACGUUCGUCAAAAAGACCCGGUCGGGAGGGGUAAUGAAGAUAGUCCGGGAGCACUACCUGAGAGACGACAUUUGGUGUGGAAGUGAAUUUUGCGUGGAGUGCAAACAGGAUUCCCCCGUGCUGCAGAAAGAAGCGUGCAUUGAAAGCAACCUGUGUCCCUUCACUCACUACCUUAUUCCUGACACAAACGUCGUGUUACAUCAGAUCGAUAUCCUGGAAGAUCCCCUGAUCAAGAACGUCAUCAUUCUUCAGACGGUUCUGCAGGAAGUCAGACACCGGAGUGGCCCAAUCUAUAAGCGAAUUAAAGAUAUCAUCCAUGACGCGGAGAAGCAUUUUUAUACUUUCACCAAUGAACACCACAGGGAGACAUUUAUAGAGCGUUUGCAAGCGGAAAGCGCCAAUGAUCGAAAUGACAGAGCGAUUCGCGUGGCGGCCAAGUGGUACGGCGAGCACCUGAAAAACGCCCCAGCGGCAGAAGAACUGAAGAUAGUUCUGCUGACGAAUGACCGAGGGAACAAGGAGAAGGCCGAAGAGACUGGCCUAAUAGCGCACAAAUGUGACGAAUACGUCAAGAGCUUGAUAGCCAAUCCUGAACUGGUGGACCGUCUGGCUUUGACGUCGGAUGACAGUAACGAGAUCACGAGCAGCAAGCUUCUGUUUCCGGAGCACCUGCCUUUGUCCAAGAUCCAGACCGGCAUUAAGAACAACACCUUCCUCCAGGGGACGUUCCGCGCCAGCCGGGACAACUACCUGGAAGCCACGGUCUUCGUCCAAGGAGAAGGAGAGGACAGCAAGGAGGUUCUGAUCCAAGGCCUGCAGAACCUGAACCGGGCCGUGCACCAGGACGUGGUGGCGGUGGAGCUGCUGCCUCGCGACCAGUGGGUGGCGCCCUCCUCCGUGGUUCUGCAAGACGAGGGUCCGAAGGACGAAGAUGAGGCAGACGAGACUGAAACUAUGUUGAAGAGUGAAGCCAGUGAAGCCAUGUUGAAGCCCACAGGGAAGGUGGUGGGGAUCAUUAAGAGGAACUGGAGGCCAUUUUGUGGGAUGCUGUCUAAAUCACAGAUUAAAGAGGCCACGAGGCACUUGUUUACCCCGGCGGACCGCAGAAUUCCCAGGAUCCGCGUGGAGACCCGGCAGGCCAUCGCUCUGGAGGGCCAGAGGAUCAUGGUCGCUAUCGACGGCUGGCCCAAGCACUCCAGAUACCCCAAUGGCCAUUUUGUGAGGAACCUGGGGAGCGCCGGAGACAAGGAGACGGAGACGGAGGUGCUGCUGCUGGAGCACGACGUUCCGCACCAGGCCUUCUCCCAGGCCGUCCUCAGCUUCCUACCCAAGAUGCCCUGGGGCAUCACUGAAGAGGACAUGAAGAAACGGAUGGACCUGAGGCAGCUCUGCGUGUGCAGUGUGGACCCGCCUGGAUGCACAGACAUCGACGACGCGCUCCACUGCCGGGACCUGGAAAACGGGAACCUGGAGGUGGGCGUCCACAUCGCCGACGUCAGCCAUUUCAUCCGCCCAGGAAAUGCUCUGGACCAGGAGGCAGCCAGCAGGGGCACAACCGUGUACCUGUGUGACAAGAGGAUUGACAUGGUGCCUGAACUGCUCAGCUCUAACCUGUGCUCUUUGAGGUCCAAUGUUGACAGGUUUGCCUUUUCCUGCAUCUGGGAGGUGAACCACGAGGCUGAAAUUCUCAGCACCCGUUUCACCAAGAGCGUAAUAAACUCCAAGGCCUCCCUAACGUACGCAGAGGCCCAGAUGAGGAUCGACGAUGCCCACAUGAACGAUGACAUCACCAGGAGCCUGCGUGGGCUGAACAAGCUGGCCAAGAUCCUGAAGAGGAAAAGGAUUGAAAAGGGGGCUUUGACCCUGUCCUCUCCAGAGGUGCGUUUCCACAUCGACAGCGAGACUCACGACCCCAUCGACCUGCAGACCAAGGAGCUGAAGGAAACCAACUCCAUGGUUGAAGAGUUCAUGUUGCUCGCAAAUAUUUCCGUAGCGCAGAAGAUCUACGAUGAAUUUUCAGAGUGUGCGCUUCUCAGAAAACACCCGGCUCCACCACCAUCCAACUAUGACAUCCUGAUAAAGGCCGCCAAAUCCAAAAACCUGGAGAUCCACACGGACUCGGCCAAGGCCCUGGCGGAUUCGCUGGACGAGGCCAAGCUGGACGGCUUCUCCUACCUCAACACGCUGCUGCGGAUCCUGGCCACCCGCUGCAUGAUGCAGGCCGUCUACUUCUGCUCCGGCAUGGACAGCGACUUCCACCACUACGGCCUGGCAUCCGCCAUCUACACCCACUUCACCUCGCCCAUCAGGAGGUACGCUGACAUCAUCGUCCAUCGCCUCCUGGCUGUGGCCAUAGGGGCAGAUUGCACAUACCCGGACCUGAUGGACAAACACAAGCAGUCGGCCCUGUGUAACAACCUCAACUACAGGCACAAAAUGUCGCAGUACGCACAAAGGGCUUCUGUUGCCUUCCAUACACAGCUGUUUUUCAAGAGCAGAGGCAAUCUCAAUGAAGAUGGCUUCAUCCUCUUUGUGAGAAAGAAUGCCAUCAUCAUCCUCAUCCCGAAGUUUGGACUAGAGGGCACCGUGUUCUUCGAACACAAAGACCAAAAGCACAGUCCAAGUCUCACCUUCAACGAAGAGGGGCCCACACUGACAGUGGAAAAGCACACUUUCAGCAUGUUUGACAAAGUGAAAGUGACCAUCAGCUUGGACGCGUCCAACAUCCAGCAUCAGAAAAUAAGAAUGGCUCUCAUUGAGCCUGUGAUCCCUGGGGUCAGCGUGGCUGCUCCUGAGGACGGGCCGGUGGUGAAGAGGCCCAAGCUGGACCGCUGAACUGUGCAGCUCACACAGCCGCCAAUCUGAAGUAAACGUUCCUCAGCGACAUUCUGUGUGAUUUUUAUACGCGUUUUAUUAUUGUUUUCUGUCUGCUGUUUCCAAGUCCAUAUUUAGGUCAUAAAACCUUUUUAUGAUACUGAUGUUUGAUAUAUGAACUGAGUAACACAUCUCUAGCUAUUAAAAAUGUAAGUUGUAAAAAAACA